AUGCAGCUCCCAACGAAAGUUCUCUUGGCCAUUCUGGCCACCCUCAUCCGGCAAGCAACAACUGCACCGACAUGUCCCGAGGACUAUCCUGUCUUUAAAGAAGCGCAAGCCCGUGCUGCCGAGAUCUUUCCUCGUCAGCUUGGUGCUGCGAAUCCUCUCGGCACGCUUUGCCCUUCCCUCCCCCAAAUCAUUUCGCAGCUGCCUUCGGACGCGCAAUCUAUCGCACGCCAAUUGAACCAGGCCUUGUCGAGCGCCAUUGCAAGCAACCCGGCCCUGAUCCCGAGCACAACUCCCGCUGCUGGCGCGCCCACUGGUGGACUACCUGGUCUCGGCCUCCCGAGUUCUGCCCGGUCAUCGAAUGCGGCACCUGGAGUGAGCGCCCCUGCUAGCUCUCGGCCUGCUGGAGCAAUCUCAUCAGCUCUUUCGCAGCUUGGCCCUCUCCUCCCGAGCAACGUUGCACCAUCUGUUCUCUCAAACCUGCAGAGCCAGCUUUCGACCAACCCUGCCGCUCUCGCGUCCGCGCUCACUAAUGUGCCCCCGGCGCUCGUUCCCAGCGGCCUCGCCAACUUGGCAUCGCAGCUUGGUAAUCCCGCCGUGCCUACGCUUUCGCUUGGGGGUGGCCUUAGUGCAGGCAUCAGCUUGCCUGGCCUGCCAUCUGGCGCUGGUCCAUCUGGUGCUGCUCCGUCUGGUGGUUCGCCCGGCCUUCCAACACCUGGAGGCCCUACUGUGCCACCUUUGGGUCUCCCUUCAAUCGCCUUACCCAGCAACGUCCUCAAUUCCAUCAUUGACAAUGUUCCAUCGAACAUUGCCGAGGCACUAUCGAAUCCUGCAGCACUUCCCUCAGCCCUCUCGGCUCUGCCGACCAACGAGCUACCCUCUGUUCUCUCUGAACUGGCACCGGUUCUCAGUGGCCUUCCCACCAACGGCAUUCCUCCAAUUUCUUUGCCGAGCGAUGUCCUCGAGUCUAUCAUCCCUGAUCUCCCAUCCAACAUUGCCAACGCAUUAUCGGAGUUGCCGACCAACCCUGGAGCUCUUCCUUCGGCUCUUGCGGCUCUUCCUACCAACGAACUUCCUUCAGUGCUGUCUGAAUUGGCACCACUCAGCGGCCUACCACUCAGUGGCCUACCAACCGGCGGACCGGGUGCUCCUGGUGCUCCCGGCCUGCCAUCUGGCCUUCCUCUGCCUAGCAACGUGCUUGAUUCGAUUCUUCCUGACCUCCCGUCGGAUAUUGCCAAUGCACUAUCGGAGUUACCAACGAAUGUUGCCGCACUUCCUUCAGCCCUCGAAGCUCUCCCGUCUGAUGUACUGCCGUCAGUUCUCUCUGAGCUAGCACCAGCUUUCCCCAGCGGUGUUCCUGGCAUUUCUGGUCUUCCAGGUUUGCCAUCUGCCGGCAUUCCUCCGAUUUCUCUGCCGAGCGACGUUAUUGAUAAUCUGCCGACGAACAUUGUCGACGCGCUGUCGGACCUUCCCUCAAACGCUGCAGCACUCACUUCAGCUCUCGCUGCCCUCCCAACCAACGAGGUGCCUUCAGUCCUUUCCGAGUUGGGAUCGCUUUUGCCUUCCGGCCUUCCCGGUCUUCCUGGCGGCCCCAGUGGUCUUCCCGGCGGUCCUAGCGGUCUUCCCGGUGGUCCGAGUGGUAUACUGCCUCCUAUCUCUGUGCCAGCUGAUGUUCUCAGUGGCUUGCCGUCGGAUAUUGCUGAUGUACUUACCAACCCCGCGGGUCUGCCUUCAGCCCUCUCGGCUCUUCCAACCAACGAAGUUCCAUCAGUGCUCUCGGAUUUGGCACCGUUCCUGCCUUCAGGCGGCAUCCCUGGUCUUCCUGGCACUUCUGGGUUGCCUAGUGGACCUGGUGGUCCUGGUCUCCCCUCCGGGCUGCCUCCAAUUGCUCUACCGAGCAGCAUCCUCGAUAGUCUACCCACGGAUAUUGUUGACGCGCUUUCGGAGUUGCCGACCAAUGCUGGGCCGCUCAACUCGGCUCUCGGGGCCCUGCCAACCAAUGAACUGCCGUCAGUCCUCUCGGAAUUGGCGCCUGCUCUGACUGGCCUGCCGUCGGCCCUUGGCUCGGGCCUUCCGGCUCCUGGUCUGCCUUCGGGUCUACCUUCUCUGCCUAGCGACGUGCUUGAAGGCCUGCCUUCGGACGUUGCGAAUGCACUGUCUGAACUACCAACCAAUGCCGGCGCGCUUUCUUCGGCUCUCGCGGGUCUUCCGACCAACGAAGUGCCGUCAAUCCUCUCAGAGCUGGGCCCUGUUUUGACUGGUCUUCCCAGCGGUCUGCCGGGUGGUCCGAGUGGUCUUCCGGGUCCUGGUCUCCCCAGUGGUCUUCCUGCUCUGCCGAGCGAUGUCCUCGACAAUCUGCCUUCGAAUGUCUUGGAUGCUCUCUCAGAUCUACCGACCAAUCCUGGCGCGCUUUCGUCGGUCCUAGGUGCUCUCCCCAGCAACGAGGUCCCAUCAAUCCUCUCGGACCUGGGUCCUAUCCUUACCGGGGUUCCUUCCGGUCUUCCUGGCGGGCCUUCUGGUCUUCCUGGUGGCCCCUCUGGCCUUCCUUCUGGUUUGCCUUCUCUGCCAAGCAACGUCCUCGACAAUCUUCCUUCGAAUGUCGUCGAUGCUCUGUCCGACCUUCCCACCAACCCUGGUGCGCUCUCAUCGGCUCUUGGUGCUCUCCCGAGCAACGAAAUCCCAUCUGUACUCUCUGAAUUAGGCCCUGCCUUGACCGGUCUUCCCAGCGGUGCUCCUGGUCUACCGUCUGGUUUGCCCAGCAGCAUUCUCGACAACCUGCCAUCCAACAUCGUCAGCGCCUUGGACGAACUUCCGACCAACGCGGCGCCGCUCUCCUCGGCUCUCGCCGCCCUGCCCAGCGCAGAGCUACCUCCGGUGCUUUCCAACUUGGCUCCCGUUCUGAGCGGACUUCCUACUAACGCUCCCAGCGCGCCUUCUGCUGGCCUGCCUUCUGCUGGCCUCCCCUCUGCUGGCCCACCUUCUGCCUCCGGCCCGUCCUCUCCUGGGCUCCUCCCUUCGCCUGGCCUACCAUCAGCUGGUUUCCCCUCCAUUGGGCCUCUUCCUAGUGACGUGCUCAGCUCCAUCGCCAACAACGUCCCCUCGAACGUUGCCAGCGCGCUGGGCGAGCUGCCGUCGGACGUGGCGCCUCUCUCGUCGGUCCUCGGCGCCCUUCCGAGCAGCGCGCUGCCUUCAGUCCUCUCCGAGCUGGCUCCCAUCUUCAGCGGUCUGCCUACAAAUACUCCUCCGUUCGGUCUUCCCGCUCCGCCGACGGGUGCCCCCGGCCUGCCCUCGCCGGGUCUGCCCUCACCCGGUGCCCCAGGUCUCCCCUCAGGUGCUCUACCCAGCAACGCCGUCAACUCCCUGAUCGGCGACCUCCCAUCGAACGUCGCCAGCGCCCUCGCCGCCAACCCUUCCAACCCCGUGCCCCUCUCCUCCGCCAUCGACGCCCUGCCCUCCGGCCUCCAACCCUCCGUCCUCUCCCAGCUCAGCCAAAUCGACAACGCCCUCUCCGGCCUCGCUCCCAGUGCCCCUGGCCUCCCCGGCAUCACCGGCGCCCCGGGUCUCCCUGGUCUCCCAAGCGGCGGUCUUCCUGGCCUUCCCGGCGGCCCCAGCGCCGGUCUCCCCGGUCUUCCAGGCGGUCUUCCAAACCUCGGUCUUCCAUUGGCCUCGGUCCUCCCCGCCCUCCCCUCCAACAUCGCCAACGCUAUCCCGCAGCUCUCGACCAACCCGGCCGCCCUGAACUCGGCCCUCGGAGCACUGCCGUCCGCCGCGCUGCCGUCGGUUCAGUCCGCGCUGCAGCUGGUGGCGCCGGCGUUGAGCAAUCUUGCUGGGCCUCUCGCGGGUGGCUUGCCGAAUUUCUUGAAUGGGCUGCCUGGCGGGGCUGUGCCGACGCCGACGGCGCCGGGGGUGGGUGGUGUGCCGUCUGGGGCUGUGCCGUCUGGCGCGGUUCCUUCAGGAGCGUUGCCGUCGGGGGCUGGACCGUCUGGUGGUUUGCCUACGCGUGUUCUGUCGGGUGCUGUGCCAUCGGGUGCUCUGCCUUCUGGAGCUGUUCCUUCUGGAGCCCUUCCUUCUGGUGCGCUGCCGUCUGGAGCUGUUCCUUCGGGUGCUGUACCAUCGGGUGCGCUGCCUUCAGGUGCUCUACCAUCAGGUGCUCUACCUUCGGGUGCUCUACCUUCGGGUGCUCUACCUUCGGGUGCUGUGCCAUCUGGUGCUCUACCAUCAGGUGCUCGGCCAUCUGGUGCUCUGCCUUCUGGAGCUCUGCCGUCUGGAGCUCUGCCGUCUGGAGCUCUACCCUCAGGUGCUCUACCCUCGGGUGCUCUACCCUCGGGUGCUCUCCCCUCGCCGGGCUUGCCAUCGCUGGGCUUGCCAUCGCUGGGUCUACCAUCUUUGAACCCAUCUCUGAGCGUCAACAUCAACCUCGGCUUGAGCGCCAGUCUGCCCGGCCUUGGCCUGCCGACUCCAGGUCUACCAUCCGGUGCUCUGCCCUCAGGUGCUCUGCCCUCGGGAGCCUUGCCAUCCGGCGCCCUCCCAUCCGGCGCCGUCCCCAGCGCCAGCCGCCCGAGCGGCGGCGCCGCGCCAUCCAUCAGCGUCCCCUCCGCCCCGGGCGUCACCGCGCCCAGCGGCGGCCUACCCAGCGCCGCGCCAUCCUCGCUCGUCCCCUCGCGCACCCUUCCCGCCGUGCCAUCCGUGCCGUCCAUCAUCGCCGCCGGCACCGUGUACGGGCAGGUGUACAACUACGUUUUCUACGCCAAUACCGUUGUUAGCGUCAAUGGAGGCUUUUUGGAUCCGCGCACGGGGGCGAUUCAGGGCUUGUUGCCGGGUGGACAGCUGGUCGCGCUGCUGUCUGAUGGUUUGCAUAUUGCGAAUAGGCUCGUGCCGUAUCCGCCGGCUUGGUUGGGGUUGAUUAAUGCGUUGGGGAUUCAGUUGCCGAUUAUUAGUCGGUUGCCGAAUUUGAUUCCGGCGUAG